CUCGAGUCGUGUUUUUGUUGCGGAGUCGUCGUCGCGGAGGAUCAGCAGCGUUGUCGUCGUCACUCGUCUGCAGUCGCCGUGUGGUGUGUGGCAGAACGUAAUUUUGGGGAAAAAAAAUUAUUAACAUUCACACGCGCGUCACCCGCACUAGACUGUAGUUCUCGCCGCGUUGUGCGAAAACCGACUAUUAGUAAAUAACUAUCUAAUCUAUUAAUUUGUACGAUACUCAGAUAUAUACACACACACAACAAGAUAAACAAAUCGUUAAACGUUUAUUCGAAAAAUACGCUCGUGGUAUAGAUUCUUUACAAUAUCAGGUUGUACGAAAUUAAAUGUGAUAUUUAUGUAACGAUAUUAUAGGCAGGUAGAGGCGAUAUAAUAAUAUUUCGAUUGCAUCGGACUCGGACCGCUGUUGUUAGGAUAAGAAGAAGAAGAAGAAGAAUAACCGAGAGUAAAUAGACGAGAUACACUCGUGUACGGGGGACACGAAACACGAUGCGCGUUUACCACUACCAUAGCAAUUGCAACAGCGGUACCAGCACGUCUAGCAGCAGCAUAAGCAGCACGGCGGUGGUCGCAUCGGACGCCUCCCGGACCGUCGUCGUUGUCGCUGCCGCCGCCGCCGACGACGCCGCCGCACGUUUGUCCGAAUCGCACUAACCCAAGAGUUAAAUGACCAUGCUGGACGACUAGGUAGUAAUCCUAUCGCAGUAUCAUGUCUUCGAAUGGGUCGGAUGCAAAGAAACGCAAACUGCUGAACAAUGAAGAAGCUAUUCUUGAGUCGAGUACUAAAAAAAUCAAGGUACAAGCACAGCGUAAAUUUGCCCAAAAUGCUGUGAUACCCACCAGCACUGCACAAAAACCUAUUCAGACUCCAGUAGUGCCUAAUAAUGUGACAAAACCACCAAUUAAGCGGCCAAAUACUGAAGACUUCCUUACCUUCCUUUGUUUUAGAGGUACAAGUUUAUUACCUCCACGACUAGAUUUCUUCAAUAAACCUCAACGCUCUCUAUCGGCACAAGAGAUUGCUGCUGGAAAAAAAAGAAGAAAAAGCACUCCUAUACUGCCAGUAACUAAUGCAAAUAAUCCAUAUAAUGUAAAUAGUGUAAAUAAUGAAUCAAUUGAACGAAAAAACAUUAGUCAGUUAUCACAGACCAAAUUUCCAUUAUCUAAACUAGGACAGAAAGUUAUGGGUCGAAAGUUGGUAAGAUCCAGUUCAAGAUAUACUGUUAGACAAGAAGCUCUCACAUUACGUCAAUUAGCUCUUCGUCAUGUUCCAAAAUUAAAAAAAUCCACCUCAAAAGUUAUUAAACCUUUAGUAAAAGAAAAUAAUAAAAAAAAAACUGAGAAAAAUGGAAAACAAGUAUCAUUAGACGGUAAGCAAAUACAAAAGUUGAAAGGCCGUAUAACUCGAUCAAAUUCUUUACCAAGUAUAUUUUGUCCUGCGGUUAAUCAACUUCGAGAUGAUAAAGGUAAAUGGUGUAAAGGGAGUUCUAGUAAACCUUCUUCAAAAGCAUCUGAUGACUCAAAAGAUGUUGAAGAAGAAAGACCAUCGAGAAAAAAGACUGCAUCAAACAAUUUAGAUCAUAGAAGUAAUAGUCUGGGUAACAUGAAACGAAAGACUAGUAUUGUUAAAUGUAAAGUGGCAAAUAAAAAUAACAGAAAAACUAGAAGUUUAGCGAGUAAAUCUAAGAGCAGCGACCGAGAUAAUUAUGUUGUUCCUGAUAAGAAGGUUGAUAAGACUUUGAAGACUGUAUCCAAGAGUAACAAAGCAAAUAGUUUAAUUGAAACAAAACCAACAGUAGACGUGAAAAGAAGAACAUCUUCAGUGGAUAAUAUGAAAACAACUCGUGAGAGUAAAGACAUAAUUAAUUCAACUCGUUCAAGGCCCCCUAGAAGAACUAAAGAAGCUGCUACUUUAUUUAUGGAAAUGUUACGAAAAGAUAUGCGGUGCCCUGAUGAGCAAGAAGAAGAUGAUACAUCAUCUGUUGAGAGUUUUCCUGAUCUUCCCAAUACACGAAUAAAUGAACAACGCGAACGUGAGUUGAAAGUGUUUUCCAAGCAAAACAAAAUGGAAAAACAUCAAGAAGAACAUAAAUUAUCUGAAAAAAGAGAUGAUAAACCAUUGUCUGAUAGUAAAAAGACAAAAUUAAUUGACAAGAAGAAAGUAGAAAAGUUGAAAAAAAAGUUUGAGGAGAAUAAUACUCUGGAAAAGAAAAAGACAAAAGAAGUUAUAGAGUCAAUUAACUUUACUGAAAACAGUGGAGCUGUGUCAUUUAAAAGGAAUCUGAGGCCUCGACGCUCUUCUACCAUGUUAGAUGAUUAUAUUAUGACUGAUUCGGAUGAGGACGAUAUAAAAUGUGAAUCCCUUGUUGAGGUGACAAAAUGCGAAGCUCCUAAAUCGUCGAAUAAAGUGACAAUUGUGGCAGGAAACUCAAAAUCUCAAAAGUGUAAGCUAAGUACUGACGAAUCUGUUAAAAAAAAUCUUAAAAUUAAUAAGACUGACUUAAAACCGAAAAAAGAUUUGAAUAAAGAUUCUGAAGUUAAAAAAAGUCUUUCUGAAACUAAGUCAAAAAGUAUUUUAUUAAAACGUGACAAAGAGCUAGAAAUCAAGAAUAAUAAAAAUGGUACCGUCGAUAAAAAAAAUGAAAAAUCGUCAAAAAAUAAGACUGAAAUUUUAGUAAUUACUAAAGAGCCAAAAACUACCGGCAGUGGUUCAAAAAAUGCCGGAAAAAAAGUGCCACUUCCUAAGCAGCAGUCAACAAAAAAUGAAAACGCUUUGAGCAAGAAAAAAUCCAAUUUAGAUCUGUACAAUAAUAAUGAUAAAAAAAAACGAUCUACAUCAUCGUCUUCGUCGUCUUCCAUGUUUAGCGGUAUUACUAGUCAAACGAAAGAAGAGCUUUUGGAACGUAUGGCCGAAAAUUUUGAUGCCAUAUCUACCGCUUGCGAGGGUGCCGAUAAAGCAAUGCUGUCAAACAUAGCGGAUAGCAUCAACAGUGCAACUAUGAAAAAAAAUGUACAAAGCAAUGCGAAGGAAAAACGUGUAGAUAGCGGUAUGGUAGAAAAAAAUAUGCAGAGUGGUAGUAUUGUCGCGGAAAAAAAAAUAGCCAACGAAGUGAAUUCAGUAAAGAACAAACAAGAGUUAGAAAAAGUUUCAAAAACGGAAAACUUAGUUGCAGUUCCAAAAGAAGAAAAUGUCCUCGUGACCACUGAUAAAGUAGAAAACGUGAUUAUGGUUGUCGACAAGGUAGAGAAAACGGAGUCUGUGGUAGUGCCAUUGAAUAAAGUAGAAAAAGUAGAAAAUAUGGUGUUCCAGACCAUAGCUAAAGACUUAUUCUUGGGGCAGCAAAAAGAGAUCAAGAUCACCAUACCCGAAUACUUCACCGGUAAAAACUUCCAGUUGGAUAACAGGUUUAAACAAGACGAUGGGCUUUCAGUGUUAUCUGAAAUUUGUAGCGCCCUGCCCAGAUUUAAUGAACCUUUUGUGUCUAGUAGUCAGUUGUUAAACAAGAUGCCAACAGCCAGUGACAGCAGUUUUGUGAAGUAUGUUCCGCCAACCAUCAGUGAAGACGAAAAGCCUCCGGUACCGACAUUGACGCCGCCGUCGUUUGAAAGCCGCACCGUCAAAAUCGUAAAUUUGGCGCGUGGCAGCAGCUCGUCCGGGACAAACGACAAAAAUGAUUUGGCUGCGUCUUGGAAACAAGCGUUCAAAAACGUCAAAUUGCCGAAAAAUGGAAUCGCCUCUGCCGCCGUUUCGGUCGGUAACAACUUGAUUGCUUGGACGAAAAAGAAACAAAACGACAAUCAAACCCCACCAUCAAAGACAUACGGUGAUGGUAUAGAUGAUGGCACAAAAGAAAUAGUUUCUAAUAGUAAUUUGAUGAAAAACACUCUUCAAUCGUCAUCACUGAUAAAUGGUACUACGGAAAAGAAAUCUGAACCUUCAUAUAAAUGCCAAAAGACUUGUUGCGGCGAAACAAAAACCAUGGAAAUUUUGGACAGCAAAAAGACGAUGUCAACAACAGCCACCAACAAUGCGUCCUAUCUGGCCAAAACGACCAUACUAAACAGUACGAAGUACGAUUUGAAAUUUGAAAAACGUUCAUCAUCGGCUACAAUAGCGACUACUGCAGCGCCCAUCAGCGUCGAAAAACAACAACAAAUCCGCAAAGACAUCGUAGGUGACGUUUCGUCUUCGGAUGAUCAGAGUCCGGAGAAGAAGAUAUUCCACCAGCGGCGGCUGUCUACCACCCAGUCGUGUAGCGGAAAUAGUUCCGACGCUUUUUCACCCGAUAACGAGACGAGUGUUUAUGCUUUCCAGCCCGAUUUGCCGGUUGCCAGCACUCCUUUUCGUCGGAACAAACCACAAUCGCCUGCCAAGUCCAGGACGGUUUCGCCCAACACGUCAAUCGCUGUGAGUAUUGAAAAUGAUUCUAUGGAAGAAAAAUCCCAUCAGUCCACCGUGUCAUCAACGACAACGGAUGUUGAUAGCGAGGAAGGACGGCUUUUUUACAUUCCAUUACCUGCCGGUGUUCGGGCACAGCCGAUGAUUCAAGGCGUCACUGUAAAGCUGGGGACGGAAGGACCACAGAAAAAAUUGGUGAUGAGCGCUAAGCUAGUAACCAAACCCCCUGCUUCUACGAUACCAGUCAGUUCCAUAUCGCCAAAACCUGAGCGGAAAAUCAAACCGCUGUGCACUACCAAAAUUACCAACAGCACUACCCCCGUUGGCACUGUGCAACCAACUACUAGAACUGUUCAGCCCCCUAAAUGUACCCCCUCGACUUCAAAACAAGCGUUACCAUUAUUGCCACAGCCGCAAAUCCCGGAAACGAAAGACGAUAAGAAACGGUUACAACAAAUCACUACAACUACUAAUUCUACUACUACUGCCAUUACUUCUGCUAAGGAAUCGAAAAAAUCGUCGUCCGUAUCCGCCACUAACAACAAGAAACAAAAAAAGACUGAAAAACAAGUUAACAAUAAGAGGAAGUCCAGCGAAAAAGUAGCUUUGAAGAAGAAAUCGUCUAAAGAAUAUUCCGACAUGUUAGAUGCGCCGACGUUUUAUCCAUCCGAAGAAGACUUUAAGGAUCCUUUAGAAUAUUUUGAAAUAAUCAAACCCGUUGCUCAAAAAUACGGCAUAUGCAGAGUCGUGCCGCCACCUAGUUUUAAGCCGGAAUGUAAAGUCAGCGACGACAUGCGUUUCACGGCAUACAACCAAUAUGUGCAUAAGAUGAUGAACCGUUGGGGCCCAAACGUCCGCGAAAUGAUAGCCAUGAAAAAGUAUCUGGAAACGCAGUCAAUAGUCUUGUCCAACCCUCCGCUAAUUGGUGGCAUGGAACUGGAUUUACCCAAGCUGUACCACACGGUACAGGAGCUUGGCGGACUUAAAGAAGUGAUCGAGCUGGAUAAGUGGUGUCGUGUUGCCGACUUGAUGAAGAUCCCGAAAAGUGCUCAAGACCGCGUCACUAAACUCGACGACAUUUACUGCAAAUAUCUAUUGCCUUACGACACACUCUCACACGAUGAGCGUCAAAAAUUGAUCGCAGAGGUGGAUAAAGAGUGGAAACAGAUUUGCAAAAAAGGCGAUACUGAUGAUGAGCUGUAUGAAGACGUCAACGAUUGUAUAGCAAAGGGUCGAAGUAUCGCAUUGAGCGCUUAUUACCGGGUUGCGCGCAACACUGUCGCCAUGUGGUUUAAAGAACAGCAGCAACAACAACCGUCAGGCAGCCACUCGUCGUCUACGUCAGCAGCUACGGCGGCGGUGGUCCGGGCUGAAGACGUUGAGUCGCUUUACUGGAAAAAUGUGCAGGAUAGGAAGAACCACAUUUGCGUGCUGUCCGGGUCAAUCGACUCUGGCGCAGAGGGCUACGGAUUCCCGACGACCAAGACAGCCACUUUCACCAAACACCCGUGGAAUCUCAAGGUUCUCACCAACAAUCCAGUGUCAGUGCUCAAGUCCCUGGGCCCAGUGAUGGGCAUGACUGUACCCACCAUACACAUGGGCAUGGUAUUUUCGGCAUGCUGUUGGUACAAGGACCCACAUGGACUACCAUGGAUUGAGUACCUGCAUACUGGUGCUGACAAAGUGUGGUAUGGUGUGCCAUCUGAUCAAAGUGACCGGUUUCGGGCAGCCAUGAAGCGCCUGCUACCGCGGGCUGUAGCAGAAGGCCAGAACCAUCACUCAUGGCUAGCUGCGGACAGUGGUAUGGUGCCACCUAGUCGUUUGCUGGAGCAUGGCGUCACCCUUACCCGAACAGUGCAAAAUCCGGGUCAGUUCCUCAUUGUCAUGCCGCGCGCUUACACGUGCAAUGUGUCCACUGGUUAUGUUAUAUCUGAGAGCGUGUACUUCACACAGCCUGGUUGGCUUGACGGUGCCGAGAAGAUUUUCCAGGACUUGCAGAAAAAUUGUGAACCAGCCGCCUUUUCGUUUGAAAAGCUUCUGAUAAACAUGUCCACAGAUUCACGUACACCUCAAAACAUACUAAAACAACUGCUAAAUAUGUUGAGCAACAUGAGAGAUUGUGAAGUGGCGCUUCGAAGUCAGCUGGUAGAGGAUUUAGGCCUAAAGGCUUCUGAACGCAUUCGGCCCACAACAUCCAAAUCAAACGAGAAUAACGAUGAUUAUGAGUGUGAUGUGUGUCAUUCAAUUCUUUACAUAUCAAUGGUGAACAAUUCACACGAAGACUGUGACUAUUGUCUGAGACAUGGCAUUGAGAUUUUAUCGAAAAAACACAACCAACUCAAGUAUUGCAAGUUUCUAUAUACCUUUGACGAGACUGAUUUGGAUAUGAUAUUAGUGAAACUUCGCGAAAGGAUUGAUUCAAAAAAAAAGAAGACAUCUACUAAAAGUUGAUGAUGCAGUUGGACUAUACUUAUGUAUAUUUGAAAUAACAAGCAAACUAAAAAAAAAAUACAAACAAUUGAAUAAAACUAAAAUAUCUCAUAGCUCUUUUUCUAAUGACAUUUUAUCAAAUUAUGUCACCGUUGAGUGUGUUCGAUCAUAUUAUUAUACUCUUCCUAGAGAGUAAAUUUCAAGACUUAAUUUUUAUUUUUUUAUUUUCUCAUAUGUUCCAACAUUUUGUGAUUUAAUUUUUUUUAUUAUUAUUAUUUAUUAUUACAAUAUUAUUUUAAUUUUUUACAUUUGUACAAAAAUUGUGUUCAUGUGGUCUCAGAAAUUUGUUAAUUAUCAGUUUAGCAAAUUUUUGUACUUAAUAGAUUUAAUAAUAGUAUUUUAUCAAACUUAUGUGUUGUGUGCUCGAAUAGUUUUAUUUGUGUACAAUUGUGUUGUAAAAGAAAUGUUGACUGGUUACUCUUAAAAAUCAAUUAUGUCUGAAGAGUCUAGUAAAAAACAAAAACAAAAUAAUAAUAAAUGCAAUUAGUAUUAUUGAAAAUUAAA